AUGCGAUUCGCUCGUUUAUUUGCCGUGUUUGCCGACGACAAGGAAGUCAACGCACUUCGCACGUGCGUUCCCGCGCUAGAUUUCGAAGAAGACGUUGAAGUGUUUUCACAAGGCGUGACAACCUGGUCCAGAGACCGUCUGAACGGUAGAGACGGGCUUGAUGGUAAGUUGCUUCCUCGCGAUCCCCCUGAAGAUGGCUAUGGGAGCAUCGUGCACGUUUAUCUGCUUGACACGGGUGUGAGAAGGACGCACGUGGAAUUCAAAGAUCAAGCGUUUGGGCGCGGCGUCGAUUUAGUCGACGAUGACGCCGAACCUGAUGACUGCGAUGGUCACGGUAGUCACGUGGCUUCGACCAUCAAUCAAAUCGCGUAUAGCGGCAAGACAGUUCUCCACUCUGUGAGAGUUCUCGACUGUAACGGAAAUGGUGAGCUCUCGGGGCUGAUUGAGGGACUUGAAUGGGUGCUCGGUGUGGCGACGCCGUCCGAGCCAGCCGUGGUCAGUUUAGCGCUCGGAGUGCGAAAUGGAAUUUGGUCACGCGCACUCGAACGCGUCGUCCAAACGCUCACUGGACGUGGAGUAUUCAUCGUUUGCGCCGCUGGUAACCAAAAAGGAGACGCAUGCACGAUUUCGCCUGGAAACGUCGCGGAGACGCUGACUGUCGCAGCCAGCGAUCAAGCAGACGCGCCGUACGCCUAUGGAAACUCUGGAAGGUGCGUUGAUUUAUUCGCGCCCGGCGUGCAAAUUCUCGGUGCAUGCGGUGGAAGCACUGCGUGUGAGCAUCCAAGCGACACGGCAUAUGCAUUUCAAAGCGGUACGAGUAUGGCGGUCGCGCACGCCGUCGGCGCAGCGACGCGCCUUCUUAUGUUUUCCCCACGCAUGAGCCCUGAAAAUUUGAAGAAGCAUCUCACAUCAACUGCGUCGCGCGACAAAAUUCGAGGUGGGUCAUUACUCCCAGGAACUCCGAAUCUACUGUUGUACGUGAAAUAA